CAACGCCGCGAACGGGCCCGCGCACGGCGCUGCUCGUCCGGCUGAUGUGCAUUUCCGACUCGACUGGCUCGCGCCGCGCUGCCCUCGGACUCCUCGGAGCUGUUAGAAGACGCUGAUAGCCUAAUACUUGUAGAAACGUAAAUUUCCUUUAUAUUAAUGUUCGUUUUUCUUUGUGGAUGUGAAAUUUAGAAACGUUGCUGCAUCAUCAAGCGCUCUUCUAUUGGACACCACCACGUGGGGCCAGCCAUCUUUGCGUAUACUUGCGACACGGAAGUAUACAAAGGAUCACAAGUAGCAGCGCAGCGCAGCAGCAUAUCUCCGUGACUCCGUGGCGAGACUUGGCUAGAAUUAUUAGGAUGACAGAGCCUUACGUCGCCAUACAACUUUGCUCAAAGGAAAAGAGACGAGAGAACCGCCGCAGCUUUGGAAUUUUGGAAGAGUGCGAGUGUGAGCAUAUAGAAAUCUCGAUCGAGGACUUCGAAAGAGAACUCCAUAUUCGUAAAUACUCUCGAAGAUGGCGGACGUUCCAAAAAAUCUGUUAACUUCGUCAUGCAAUCCACCGAAUACGCUGCAACGAGAAACCAGUAGCUUUCAGCCGUGGCGCCCGUGGCCGUCUGAGCCAUCGCCAUGUCAACUCGCGCCGGUCGCACAGUACCCUGCAGUGAAUAAUCACCUCGGCGAAUUUGUCUCGAUUCCCGCGAACCCCGAAAUCGAUCCUCCACCAUAUCGCUGCUACGGUUGCUUUCAACUUAUAACCGUGCGCUAUCAACAACCAGUUCGCUGCGCUGAGUUGCAUCGUCAGCAGUGUGAGAAACUGUCCCACUGGUGGGACGAGACCGGUUGUCAUCGUGAAACGGAGAUUAGUCGAGGAAAUAAUUAUGGUGGUGGAGAGCAGUGGUUCAGGGAUGAAGAGCGACGAUAUAACGAGGAAGUUCAAGCUGAACAUCGAGAAAACGAAAGAAAAGCUUUUGCAGCUCGUGAAGAAUUUAAAAGAAGGUAUGCUGCAGAUGCUCAACGCCAUGGACAGAAUAGGCAAUAUACAGAAAUUCAAUGGCAAGAAAACAAAAGUAAAACUUUUGUGCAAGCUCAAGAAGAGUUUCAUAAGUCGUACACCGAAGAAACUCGGUGCCUUGAACCAAGCAGGCAAUGCGCAAAGGCUCAGAGCCUGAAAGUAAAGCAGAAGCUUCUCGAGGACACUAAAUGCCAAGAAGCAAAAAAGCAGCGAGAAGAAGAAAUUAAAAGAAAUGAGGAUAUUGAACAACGCAGAGAAAAAGAAAAGAUUCGACAAAGAGAAAGGUUGAAACAGAAUCCUCGAAGAAAACAAGAACGUAUAGUGAAAGAGCCAAAACAACAAGAAGAUGAAAGACCCCAAACAGAAGUAGAGGAAAAAAAGCUACGAAAAGACGAGCAGUACCGAGCCGAAAAAACGUCACGAGAAAACGAGAAGGAACGAGAGGAAAAAAAGCAAAUAGAAUAUAAACAGAGGCGAGAGGACGAACAGCUAGGAGUAAAAGAAAAAAAUCGGCCAGAGAAGAAACUCAGUCAUGAAGAUGAAAAACGAAGAGAAAAAGAAAGAAACCGCCAACAUAUUGAGCAGCGCCGAGAAAAGCGAAGGAUCAAAGAAAGACAGAAGCGGUACAGAAGACAGCAACGUAAAAUUGAAGAAGCAAAACGACUAGAGGACAAGCAGCCCAGAGACGAAGAAGAAAAGAAAUAUCGAGAAGAACAGAAACAACAAGAACACGAGCAACGACAAGAGGUACAGAAGCUACUACAAUAUGAGCAAUAUCAAAAGGAACUGAAACAACAUGAAAACGAGCAGCGACGAGUAGUAGAACAGAGGCGGCUAGAUAACGAACAAAAAAAACAGAUGCGGCGAGAAGAACAGAAGCGACUAAAAGAUCAGCAACGUCGAGAAGAACAGAAGAGACGAGAAGAAAGGAAACGCAGAGAAGACGAGCAGCGGCGAGAAGACGAGCGGCGUCUAAAAGAAAAACAGCGUCAAGAAGAUGAGAAGCGUUUUGAAGAAAAACAUCAAGAAGGUGAGAAGCGUCGUGCAGAAAGGAAGCGACGAGAAGACAAGCGUAUAAAAUGGCAACAAUUAUACAAGGAGCAUCAAUUAGAAAAAAAGCGACAUAAAGAGGACCUGCAACGUCGUAUACAAGAAUGGAAGCGAAAAAGGGAAAAACUGCAACAAGAGAUGAAGCAGGAAAAAGUUAAGGAUCACCGAGUAAAAGAAAAACUACGGCUAGUAGAGAAAGAGUUAGAAGAACUACUUCGAAAACAAGAAAAAAAGAGAAUCCUGCAUGUGCUUAGGCAGAAAGAAGAAGAAGACAGACUGCAAGAAGAACAGCGACAACGUGAAUUCUGGGACAAGCUUGAUGAAAAAAGAAUCUGGUACGAGCAAAUUCGGGAAGAAAUGUACCAUGUAUCAGUCAAAAUAGAAGAUUUGGUUCAACUGAAAAUCUAGGAGAGAACAAUGGAGUUGCAGGAUCAGAAAUCGGCAGCAAAAGGCGAAUUGGAAGCCGGAUAAUAGGAGAAGAUUGCAUUGAACAUUCUGCUAUGUACAAUCUGUCUUUUGUUGAAGUAUUUUGGAGCCGAAUUUUUCUCUCGUCUUUUCAGGUAUUUUAAUGCCGAAUAUUAUCUCAUCCAUGUUGAGGUAUGUUUAUGCCGGACAUUGUCUUUUCUUCUUUGAGAUAUUUCUUUUUUUAUUUUAUAAAGUCGCGUUUUUGAUGACAGCCCGAAAGUAGAUGUCCCUGAGCUUCAGCGCUUGGAGGUGCUUUAGUAAAUACCUAUGCAUUGCCGGAAAGUUUAGAAUAUAAGUACAGACACACAGGAACAUAGUAUCGCCGAAAGCCUUUGGUUGUGUUUGCCGGUUGCAGAUCAGCCUGGAGAGGGGAUGACAAAAUAUAUGCCGAUGACGGUUAUUAGAAGACAUGCGCUAGAGGCGGGGAUUUCGAUAUUUCCUGAGCUUCAAAACUCAGGAUUUUUCAUAGCCGGGAGUGAAUGACUACGACGAAGUAAAAAACGCAUUGAUAAUGCUUUAUUCAAAGCUAGAGCCGAAGAUUUUAUUAAAUAGAACCUUGGCGCUGGAGACAGAGAUUUCUAUAUUUUUUUAGCAAUGGCAGUCGAUAAUUCUUAGACAAAUUACAAGACAUGCUAAUAAAGUUUCAUUAUAAGUUUUGCGCUAGAGAUGGAGAUUUCGAUAUGUCCUGAGCUUCGACGCUCAGGAUUUUUUUUUUCAGCCGGAGUAAAUGACUAUGACAAAGUUGAAUAAACGCGCUAGAGACGGAGAUUUCGAUUUUUUCUUAGCUUAACGCUAAGGAUUUCUCACAGCCGGAAACACAUAACUAGUGAUUAGAUGAAGAAUUUGAAAAACAAAUCUUUUUAAUGCCGAUAUGAUUGUUGGACGAAUCAUAAUCUAAACUUGACGUUGCAGACAGAGGGGUGUCGGGGUUUCCUUAUUAAUUGCACCCACGCUUUUACUUCAUGACAAACUAAAAUUGCCAAAGCAAGAUCGAAAUAUACAAAGAGUAACUACUAAAAACGAACAAUUUUUUAUCACCAGCUGCAUGUAUUUCAGUCGCAUAAUUUUCUUUGAGCUUCAAGCCCAUUAUGUGAAUUAAAUCUAAAAAAACUCAAGAUCAAAACAAACUUAUGUACUCGUAUUUAUAAGAAUAAUUCUCAUGCAGAAAAAUAUAGCAAUAAAUAAUUGACAACUAAAAGAAUAAAUAAAUUUGUGCCUGUAUUAUUGAACGACAGCUAAGCCGCACGUGUUGAAUUCUCGAAAUUAAGUUAACUCGUGCUCGAGGCUAGAGUAAAUAAUUUUAGCUCACAUGUUUAAUGCAUGAAAUUUACAUCUGUUGCAUCGCGAAACGUCAUUGAGCUUUGUCGCCCAACAUCGUGACGUCGCGAGUUUUACAUUCUAUAGUGCGUGAUGACAUCGCCUUUGCCCGUGUUUACACGUAUACGUGAUUCUUCAUUAUGUUUUCAUGAGUAUUUCCAACUUUCUGAGCUUCUUUUUAAUUGCAACUAUAAAUAAAAUUACGUAUACAGUAUCAUAAAUGCUGUGUAUAGUCAAAUUAAA